CGACCGCGACGCGCUGAGGACGCGAGCCGUGUGGACGGUGUGGACUGAACGCUAGCCGCGCUCACCGCCAGCCCGCGCGCUGCGUGCGCGUGAAGCAGAGCCUGGAGAAUGUGAGGCACGCCGCACGCCCCGCACGCACGCCCCAGCGUCCGAGAGCCUCAAGCUUUCCGCGGCUGGAGUCCCAGAGGCACAGAUCCACGAGGCAGCCGCCCGGGCCGCCGCCCGUCCACCGACUGCACCAGUGUUUGGACUCGCCUCGCCCAGAAUGUCAGACAGCAGAGACUACAUCGGCUUCGCCACGCUGCCGGAGCAGGUGCACCGCAAGUCCGUCAAGAGGGGCUUCGACUUCACGCUGCUGGUGGUGGGCGAGUCGGGGCUGGGCAAGUCCACCCUCAUCAACAGCCUCUUCCUCGGCGACCUCUACAAGGAGCGAAAGGUGGCCGACGUCGGAGAACGGCUGGAGAAGACGACGCAGGUUGAGAAGAAGAGCAUGGACAUCGAGGAGCGCGGUGUGAAGCUGCGGCUCACCAUCGUGGACACGCCAGGCUUCGGCGACGGCAUUAACGGCGAGGAGUCGUGGCGCGCCUGCGUCAACUACGUCGACGAGCAGUUCCGUCAGUACUUCACGGACGAGAACGGCCUGAACCGGAGGAACCUGCAGGACAACCGGGUGCACUGCUGCCUCUACUUCAUCCCGCCGUACGGCCACGGGCUGCGGCAGAUCGACCUGGAGUUCAUGCGGCGGCUGCACCGCAAGGUGAACAUCGUGCCCGUCAUCGCCAAGGCGGACACGCUCACCGAGGCGGAGGUGGUCAAGCUCAAGCGCCAGAUCCUGGCCGACAUCGAGGAGCACAAGAUCCAGAUCUACCAGUUCCCGGACUGCGACUCGGACGAGGACGAGGAGUUCAAGACGCAGGACCGCGAGCUGAAGGCGUGCGUCCCCUUCGCCGUGGUGGGCAGCAACACCGUGCUCGAGGUGGGCGGCAAGAAGGUGCGCGGCCGCCAGUACCCGUGGGGCGUGGUCGAAGUGGAGAACCCGAAGCACAGCGACUUUAACAAGCUGCGCAACAUGCUCAUCACCACCCACAUGCAGGACCUCAAGGACGUGACCGAGGACGUGCACUACGAGAACUUCCGCGCGCAGUGCAUCUCGCAGAUCAGCCAGCAGGCCAUCCGGGAGCGAGCUCCUGGCAGCAAACUCAAGAGGGACUCCGUGAUUAACGACGGUGUGAUAACGGAGACCGACCGACUGCUCAUCCAGAAGGACGAGGAGAUACGACGCAUGCAGGACAUGCUCGCUCAAAUGCAAGAGCAGCUGAAGCAGUCGGGGAACAAGAGGGACAGCGUUGUGAACGUAUGAAAGGAAUCUCGGUUGCUCCUAACUUAAUUCAUAGAAUUUGUAAAGUUAUUUAUUGAUUAUUCUAACGCCCCCAGGGCGGGACUCGUGAUAACAAAAGUACGUGUAUAUAACAGAUCGUAGUUUAUAUUUGAUGCAAACCCUGUUGACGUUGUUUGGAACGCACCCCGCUUGGAAGUUGACAUGGAAGUUGCCGCACCUGUUUCUCUGUUUGGAUGAGGCAACUUUCUUGCCGGUUUCUGAGCCAAAAAACGACAUACCAAGGAGGUGGUGUGAGAAACUCGCGCAUAUCGUGUGUUCAUAGUACUCAAAGUAACAAUGCAUACCCAGAAAAUUCACUUUUUUUCACACUUUGGUAGCUUUGUAUAAUGUAACCUAACAAGGAAGCGCCAUAACCACCUCAUACCGGCCUACCCUCCGUCUGCUGUGUUUGUGGUUUCCGGGACCACUGGCUGGAGGACCUAAGUGCGCCUGAUUCGUAGCCAGUAGGAGGCCAGUAGACUUUGCUGCACGCUGGUGGUUGUGUGCGGUCACUCAGUAUUAUUUACUCAAACUUAGCUGGCGAUCGCUCGACUAAGCUGCUUUCAGACAUCGAACAGUUCUUUGUAGGGUUCUAACUGUGAACCGAAUGUGUGCAAUGGAUUGCUCUGCGCCACCGGGGAAUCCAUUAGUGGGGUCGCACGCUCGGUUCGAGUCCCAUUUAGUGACUCUGAGGCUCCAAAGGCGGCUAUAAUUUUGGUCGCCUCCGCUGGUCUUCUGGCCCACUGUGCAGCUCAGACUGAACCACAGCGUUCGCUAGAGCACUGCCGCCGACUGUUCAGCGUUUGUUUGAGAAAAGCGCGUGGAAUCAAAGUUACCUUAUUACCUCCGCAUUGCAUCGUACUUUCACCCUUCACGCACAAAAAAAAAAAAAAUUCCCAAACGUCAUGAAAUGACAAACAAUAUUGAAAGUCUUGAAGCUUAGUUUCUUUGUGAUCUCAAUAUCUUUUUAGAAGUUUUUAAUAUUGUACACAAGUACUUCUUAGUUCUCUCGACUUGGAUGUCUGUAUGUCUUUAUUGUACAAAGUCUAUUCGUAACAGCAUAAUACAAAGUACCUUUGCUACUUCGUUGUAGUAUUUUAUUGUUUAGAAUCUGGUCAGAAUGGUCAGCGUCAAACAAGUAUGGGACUGAAAGGGCACUUUUUUGUACCAACUUUGUUAAUUUCUCGUAUUGUACGACUGGCUAUUAAUAAAACCAAAUUAACCGCUCAUCAAUACACUGCCA